AGUUCCGCUCUCUGCGCCGUUUGCAACUCAGACAAAUGCUGUUGCUGCCCAAACCGAAACAGGACCUGUUUCCCAAACUCUCAUCAAACGGGUAAUUCCCUGGCUUCAAAGUGUGCGCUGAGGAGGAGCAUGGUCAUGAGGGAUGCUGUCGUUCUCCAGGCUCUUCUUCUCAUCCACAUCUCUGUGGCGUGCUUCUUCACAGCAGUGUCCUGUCAGUCUGACAGCAGCAGCAGUGUGGUGGUGGCCGGCUACGAUGUCAGCGGCCCCGCUGGGUCCAACCUGGUACUGCAGUGCAUGAGCGGUCGCAUGGUGUGGACCAGGGACAGGGUGAGGGACAGGCAGAGGGUGGUCCACUGGGAUAUGUAUCGGGAUGCCCCGGAUUACGCCAUGGAGAGAGUGGUGGACAUGUUCUCGGCUGGAGACCAGAGGCUGUACCACACCCACAAUCUGGGAAGGGUCAGCCUCAACCCAACAGCCUUCAAGGAUGGAAACUUCUCGCUGGUCAUCAAAGAUGUGAAGAUGAACGACAGAGGCCUGUACUCCUGCAACCUCCACCAUAUCUACUGCCACCUGCACGAAACAGUCAGAGUUCAACUCAAUGUGACCAAAUCAAAACGCAAGCAGGACCGCUUCUGGGACGGACAGAAAGCGGUGUACGUGGUGCUGCAGGGGACCACUGCCGUGUUGCCCUGCAUAAACAGGCGCGGCGUCUGGACAGACUGGAGCGACGAGGAGGAGGACCAGCAGGUUGUCCACUGGGACCGCCAGUCCCCGGGAGUCCAGCAUGACAGAGCCGAUCGGCUGGUGGACCUGUACGCCUCUGGAGAGCAGCGCAGCUACGGGCCUCUGUUCCUGCAGAGGAAGAUGAACAUCAGCAACAAGGCCUUCUCAGAGGGUGACUUCUCGCUAACAAUAACAGACCUGCAGUUCACAGAUCAGGGGACAUAUUCCUGUCACCUUCACCAUCAUUACUGCGGCCUACACGAACGGAGAGAGUUUCGAGUCACGGUCGAGGCCCCUCUGAUUUGGAGCACACAGCCGGUCAUAGCGCUUCCCCGAGACAAAGACACCAGUAAAGUUGACGCACCGCGAGUCAUCAAUGUCAUCCUGCCCGACCAGAAGCACCAUUUUCUCCUGCCGCUCGGCUACGUCCUCGCCUCCUUCCUGCUUCUGGCAUUCAUUACGCUCAUUGUCGUCCUCGUCACCAAACGACGUAAAGCCAAAGAUUUUUCUCCUAAAGUAUCUGUUAGGUCCAGCAGGAGUCCCAGCAGCUCAGAUGAGUACGAGGUAGACAUUGGUGAGAUGAACAUGUGCACUCAAGAGGAGAAAGGAUUUGAAUACAAGAACAACCUGCUAAAAGAAAACGCCCUGAUGAAGGCGCAGCCAAAAGUCAUUGAUCUUGACAAAGAGAUCCGGAAGUUUUCCAAGUGAGAAAGUGAGACAGAAGCGAAAUCUGAGUCACUGGCGGGUCCAGAGGCUACAUUUUCUCUAGACAAAAACACAACCAAAUUACCUUCUGUUGUAGCCAGAGGAAGCCAGGGUGGAUUUGUUUGGAUUGGGUUUUGCCAUUAUUAGAAAUAAAACUUUGCUACAGACCUGUCGUGUUUCGGCACAAAAAGACUUUUUUUUUUAGAAUUAUGGCUAGUUUUGGUGAAGACAUGGUGCAAAUCAAGCCCUAAAUGCUAAGCAAAGAAAGCAUGUAGAAACGCAGAACGGUAAACAGGACUUGUUUCAAGCUGCUUCUGUUCUUAAACUUUUGCUUCGUUCUUUGUGUCACAAAUGUAUGCUGCACAAUUUUCAUCAACUUCUCAAAAAUAAGACCAGUUUUAAGCUUUUCCCCACUGCUUUGUCACUAAUUCUUUAAAUAUCUAGCAUAAAUGACUCCAUUUAUCCACAACUAUGAAUUGAAAGUGGACAAGAGAAGCCAAUGAACAGAGGCUUCUUCUUCUUCUAAAAGCAGACUCUUCUGUUUGUCUGAUUGUUAAAUGUUUAUUCUCGUCUUGCAUUAUGGCAUCUGUUACGGUUGUAGGACAGUAUUUCAGUGCUGUGCUUUAAGCAUUCUAUGUUAAUUCAUUUUAGAUGUCACAAAGGCAUGCUUAAAUUUGACUUUGUACAGUUUUAGUUCACAGCUUUCUCUGGUCAUGAACUCCCCCUAGUGGGGCAGCAAGAGUACUAACAUCCAUUCCAGUGAGACACCAAAUGCUAUUCUAUUCUCUUUUCUUUUUUCUUUGCUAAAAGGAUGUAACUCAGCUUUUUCUUUGUUCAGUUUAGUGCUGUCUGUAAUGAAUGUCAUUUGUGCUGCUGCACUUUAAUGCUCAUACAUUCAAGGAAUAAAAAAAUGAGGAAUUUUA